GACUUGAAGUCUUGGUUGGGUUUUGGUUUUGCAGAUUUUAUUAGAAUGGGAGAAGAAGUGAAGGUGAUUGGAUCUAUCCUAAGCGGUUUCUGCGUCAGGGUUGAGUGGGCUCUCAAACUCAAGGGGGUGGAGUAUGAGUACAUAAAAGAAGAUCUAAGGAACAAGAGCCCCAUGCUUCUUAAGUAUAACCCUGUCCACAAGAAGGUCCCAGUGCUUGUCCAUGGUGAUAAACCUAUUCCUGAGUCACUUGUCAUCCUUGAGUACAUCGACGAGACAUGGAAGGACAACCCUCUGCUGCCUGAAGAUCCAUAUGAGAGAGCCAUGGCUCGUUUCUGGGCCAAGUAUGCUGAUGAAAAGUGUCUGUUUGGGGCAUGGGAAGCUUUCAAGGCUGAAGGGGAAGAAAAGGAGAAGGCUAUGGAGUCAGCACUAGAAUCAUUUGCAUUUCUGGAGAAGGCGAUAAAAGGGAAGAAGUUUUUUGGAGGAGAGAAGAUGGGGUUCUUGGAUCUGGUAGUGGGUUGGAUACCUCACUGGCUCAGUGUUUUAGAAGAAGUUGGAGACAUGAAGAUGCUUGAUGCUGAGAGGUUCCCAUCACUCCAUGAAUGGGCUGAGAACUUCAUCCAAAUUCCACUCAUUAAAGAAUGCAUUCCACCUAGAGAUGUCUUGGUCAACCACUUCCAUGCUACCCUCAGCUACGUGCGCUCCUUAUCUGCCAAUAAGCCAUGAUUUUUCGCUUUAUUUGAAGUCAUUUGAGUAACGUCUGUAGGGUUCUUGAAGACCAGGAAAGGAUGACUAGAGAAGCCCUGUAAAGGAUUGGUUCUAUGUCCCUUUUUUCUUUUGUAGACUCUGCUUUGCUGGUUUGAAGGAUAUUCCUCAUAUCCUGCUUAUUUUGUCACAAUUUUAAUAAAUUUUUGUUUCUUAUAAAGAUUUCUUCCUGUCAUAA